AUGGCCCCAAGGGAUGUACCGUCUACAACAAAUGGUGACGUUACGGAAAGUAAGCCUAUGAAGAAUAAACCUAAAGCGAGUAAGUUAAGACAACAGAAACUACCAGCUUGGCAGCCUAUACUAACUGCUCCUACUGUAAUACCUACUGUCGUUUUUAUUGGGAUUGUUUUCAUUCCGAUUGGAAUAGCACUCUUCUUAGCUUCUGAAUCAGUUCACGAAUAUAAAAUAGAUUAUACUGAUUGUUCUCAAGAGACAUGUACAUUUACCUUAGAUGUAAAAGAGGAUAUGAAGGGGGAUGUUUAUAUUUACUACGCGCUAGAAAACUUCUAUCAGAAUCAUAGAAGAUAUGUUAAAAGCCGAAAUGAUAAACAAUAUCUGGGUAAUCUCGAUCAAGUAUCCGACUGUGAGCCGUAUGACAAAGGAAUGUUGAACGGAGUUCAGGUCCCAAUCGCUCCUUGUGGAGCUAUUGCUAAUUCUAUUUUUAACGAUACUUUCGGUAUAAAGAAAUCAGCAUUGAUUGAUGUCCCCACGACGACCGAAGGGGUACUAUGGGACAUUGAUUUCACUAAAAAGUUUAAAAAUCCACCUGUUGGUCCUGGUGAAACUCUCUGUAGUGCCUUCAAGGGAACAGUACGACCUCCCAAUUGGAGCAAAGACAUUUGUGAACUAGGAGGUUUCUUGAAUGUAGAUUUUAUUGUUUGGAUGAGGACUGCUGCUCUCCCGAACUUCAGAAAGCUGUGGAGAUUAGUUGAUAGAACAAAAUCUGGAUUCACGGAUGGUUUAUCAAAAGGACAGUAUCAAGUUCAAAUCAACAACAAUUAUCCUGUUACCGCCUUUGGUGGACGUAAACAGUUUAUAAUUUCAACAACCAGUUGGGCAGGAGGAAAGAACAGUUUCUUGGGAAUAGCAUACUUGGUAGUUGGCUCCAUAGCCAUUGCUCUUGCCGUAAUAUUCUUCAUAAUCCACAUGAAGUUCGGUCAUUCGGUUAAUGAGCUGAGCAACGUUGGGCCUGUACAAUAA